AGCAAGCGGACGGAUAUCCAUAGCUCGGUUGUGCGCUCGUUGGUGGUGGUUGUUCACUGUUCGCAUUUGUAGAAUGCACGAAAGUACGCCGUACGAACCAAGCGACGAAUUCCACAGAUUCAGAAUCCGAACUCCGAAUAAAAAAUUGGUAUAUUACCUUAGAAUGCCAGUCGUUCUUACUUCAGUCUUCGUACAGUCUUUGCUUUAACCCGUUCCAAUUCUGUCCGCCGUCGCUCUAUUAAAUAAUUACAACAAAAAUCAAAUACAACAAAAAUAAACAAAACAUCUGAAACAAGCAUAACGAGAAUCGCUAUCGCAAAAACAAAAAUUUAAUACGAAAAUAUCUAAAUAGCAGCAGCUGCAGCGGCGAAAAUAUAAACAACAGCAAAAACAAAAUCCACACUCGCUAAGGGCAGCCACAGCAGCAGCAACAGUGUCUCAGUAUUUAACAACAUUAAGGCUUUCACCCCCGCUCAAACGUCACCGUCGUGCCGUCACUGCCGUUCUGAAUAUAGACUUCGAAGCCUCAGUCGAAGUCAGCGUCAAAGUCGAAGCCACAGUCAAGCGUCAGCAGUCGAACGUCAGCACACGACGACAAAAGCCAACGAGAAGCUCCAGAGGAGAAGAAGACUCCGCGGAACGCACACAAAAUUUCAAUAUCCAAAUCAAAGUUGCGUUCAAAUCGAACACGGCCGCAAUAGUAGCAACACCGUAGCACCGAAACACGCGGACUCGACUCUCGAGAUAGCAAACUUUACCUACUAGUGAAUUCUACUACGGCAAAGACAACGUCGACGAUCACAAUCAGCUACCAGAUAUCAGCAGAAAAUUGCAAAAUAUUUUCCAUUUCCGUUGAAUUGGUUUUCCAGUCUCAAUCAAAUCCAAUAAAUUCGUAAAUCCGAAAUCCAGCUUCGAAAAGUUCUUUAGCUGUAAUCAACUAUUUGUGGUAUCUACACGUGAAUCAAACGCUCGCUGUGUCUUUUCAAUCACACACUUGUGACAAUCUACAAUUUCUUGUAAGCAAAUACAGGAAACAAUCAUUGGAAAAUAUCAUUUAAUCUGAAGCGUUUCAAACUUUUACCUUGAAAGCAAAGCUCAUACAGGAUUUUAACAAACGAUUAAGUACUUUUAGAGUAUUUCGCUUAUUAUCAUUGAAUCAGUGAAUAAGGAAGCUAAUUCCAAACAUUAAAUAUUAAUCCAAAAUCCAAAACAGAAAAACUCUUUUUAGCGAAUUUCAUCUUGACAAAUUUGUAGUUAAAAUAAAACAAAAAAUCGUGUAGCACAAACUUUGUAGUAUUAUCUUAGCGAAUUACUCAAAAGUGAGAUUAACUUGCAUAUAUAGCGUUUAAGUACCAUCAUAUUGAAAAUAAAAAAUUAUUAAACAACAAAACUCAAAUAUUGUAAAGCAACAAUUUGUGAGAAGAAAAUUGCAAAUUUAUUGAAAUCAUUAACCACAAUCAUUACUCUGAACUCACCACACAUUGAACAAAUCAAAAACCUUGUCGAACCCUGCCAUCCGAUUCCUUAAGAAGUCCUUUGCAUACCACAAAACGCGACUACAGCUCGACAUUCAAAGUGUAGUAAAAAUCACAAACCGCGCUAAUAUCACUAAAAGAAUAUUCAACAAAAACAUCAGCUAAGAAACUGAAGCUCAAAAAAAAAAAAACAAGUACCACAUACACAAAAGUAUCUAUAAUAAACCAAGGAAAUAACGUUCAAACAGAAACAAACAAAACCAAAUAAUUAAAGAUAAAAAAGUUAUUAAAACUUAACUGGAACAGUUCCUUAAAAAACGACUCGUCGUCAGUAUCCACUGUGCUAGUGAAAAUUGAAGUGUGAAAGACUGCGCUAAAGUCGAAUAGAAAAAAUAUAUAAAUUACAUAAUUCAACAACAACCACAGCGGUACAAAAAUCAUUCAUCAUUGACGCGUUAAAAGAAACGGUUGCAACAACAGCUUCAGUGACAGCGGCUUUGGCAACAGCGACAAUCAAAGAAGAACCUGUGCAAGAUUUAAUUAUGCAAAUGCAAUUGUUGCAAGCUCUCCCGGCGGCGACGCAUCUGCAUCAGUUGCACCAGACGACAUCACAGCCUCCGUCAGCAGCGUCCACUUACCAAACAUACCCGGCCAGCAUGCUGCAACAGCACACAGCGCAGCACGCCCAACAACAACAGCAGCAAUUCCACCUGCAACAACAAUAUCAUUUUCAACAGCAGCAACAUCAACAGCAGCAGCAACAACUGCAAAUGUUGCACACCUACAUGCAAUUGCAGGCGAAUAACCUGGCCGCCGCCACCGGCACACCCACCAAGUAUCAGGCUGCUGCUGCUGCUGCUGCCGCUGCCGCUAUCCAACAACAGCAACAACAUUACCAGCAUCAACAGCAAAUGGCAUCGCCUCCACCACCGCCGUCUCAACAGCAGUACUUUGCCGCCGCCACUGCAGCGGCCGCGCCGCCACACCAGCUCACAAUAAUACCGGCGGCGGCCUGUAAUGGCUCUGCUGCGGUUGCUGCCGCCAUGUUCGCAACGGCCACUGCCACAGCUGCGGCGAAUGCCAACAAUGUCGGAUCAGUUGCAGCCACACCAGCAUCCGCAACACCAUCCAACAAUGUAAGACUCGAUGAACAACUUUUAUGUAAAUUAAAUACUUUGGUGAGUCCUCAACUCUAUUACCCCGUUAUACAAAUGCCGCUAGAAUUACGAGGAAGCGACGAACUUUUAAGUCAAGCUGCAGUUAUGGCGCCCGCUUCCGACAAUAAUAAUCAGGAUUUAGCCACAAAGAAAGCCAAAUUGGAGCCAAGCACUGUUCUUGGCGGAGUUGGCAAACCGUCAAAAGUCAUCCACUUGCGUAACAUUCCAAAUGAAUCCAGCGAAUCAGAUGUCAUCUCAUUAGGUGUACCGUUUGGUCGAGUUACAAAUGUGCUCGUCCUUAAGGGCAAAAAUCAAGCUUUUCUCGAAAUGGCCGAUGAAGUAUCCGCGACAUCGAUGGUCUCGUGUUACACUGUCACCCCUCCUCAUAUGCGCGGACGCAUGGUUUACGUGCAGUUCUCCAAUCAUCGCGAAUUGAAGACAGAUCAGAGUCACAACAAUACUGCUGUCGUAUCCAACGAGUAUCGUAUCCAGUCGCCAGCCUCCGGCUCGCCGCUCCCGCUAUGCAACACCGCCACCACUACCAAUGCUGACGGCACUAUCGCAGUACUACAGAACAACUCGAAUGCAGUCAAUAUUAAUUCGACUGCAGGCGGACCCAACACUGUACUCCGCGUCAUUGUCGAAUCGUUGCUCUAUCCGGUGUCGUUGGAUAUUUUACAUCAAAUUUUCCAACGUUUUGGCAAAGUGCUAAAAAUUGUCACAUUUACAAAAAAUAAUUCAUUCCAGGCACUCAUUCAGUAUCCGGACGCUCAUUCGGCCCAGCAUGCCAAGACCAUUUUGGACGGCCAGAACAUCUACAACGGCUGUUGCACUCUACGCAUCGACAACAGCAAAUUGACUGCUUUGAAUGUCAAGUACAACAAUGACAAAUCGCGCGAUUUUACAAAUCCAUCAUUGCCACCGGGCGAGCCGGGCGCGGACAUAAUGCCCACCGCCGGUGGUUUGGUAAAUGCAAAUGAUUUACUUCUGAUCGCGGCCCGACAGCGCCCAUCCUUAACAGGUGAUAAAAUAGUGAAUGGACUCGGUGCUCCAGGAGUGUUGCCGCCAUUCGCACUAGGCAUAGGCACGCCACUCGCCGGUGGCUAUAACAGCGCCAUACCGAAUUUAGGCGCCUUUGCGCUGGCCAACAGUGGUGCUCUACAAACAGCAGCGCCUGCUCUGCGCGGCUUCUCCAACGUGCUGCUUGUGUCCAAUUUAAACGAAGAGAUGGUCACGCCUGAUGCUCUAUUUACCCUCUUUGGUGUUUAUGGAGAUGUGCAACGUGUGAAAAUCUUAUACAACAAAAAGGAUUCAGCACUCAUACAAAUGGCCGAACCACAACAAGCCUAUUUGGCUAUGAAUCACCUUGACAAAUUGCGCUUGUGGGGUAAGGCGAUACGUGUUAUGGCUAGUAAACAUCAGGCUGUGCAGCUGCCGAAGGAAGGACAACCAGAUGCCGGCCUAACACGCGACUAUUCACAGAAUCCAUUGCACCGAUUCAAGAAACCAGGCAGCAAAAAUUAUCAGAACAUCUAUCCUCCAUCGGCCACAUUGCAUUUAAGUAACAUUCCAUCAUCGUGCACUGAGGAAGACAUCAAGGAAGCAUUCACCACCAACAACUUUGAAGUUAAGGCAUUCAAAUUUUUCCCCAAGGACCGCAAAAUGGCGCUACUCCAGCUCUCAUCGGUGGAAGAUGCCGUUUUGGCGCUCAUCAAAAUGCACAAUCAUCAGCUAUCGGAGUCGAACCACUUGCGCGUCAGUUUCUCCAAGUCGAAUAUCUAAGCCGCAGCUACUUUGUUAAUAUAAAAAUAAUUUUAGCUGCAAUACUGAGGAACUGAGGAAAUCAUUACAUUAUCAGCAGAAAAAUAAAUAAGAACAGUAGAUUUUCAGCAGCAGCAGAAAUCAAUGGAGACCCUUAACUCAAGCUACAUACAUACAAUAGUCAUUUCGCAAUGAAUCCAAGAACGACCGCAGAAAAAUCGUAAAAGUCAGCAAACAAAUAGCAAAUAGCAACAACAAAUAAAGAACAAGGAAUCAGCAAGGAUAAUUACAUAACCUAAACCCAAUUUUACCACUCCAGAAGAAAAUGAACAACAAAAAAAUUUGUAGUAUACAGAUUUUACUAAACUUUAGACUCAACAACAAUCAACAACAACUAUCUCUACACAGCCUAACUGAUAGAUGAAUUGAUAUUUACAUGUUUUGUCGCUCACUAUAUCUUUUUUAACAUUAUUAUUAUUCAGGAAAUUAUUGCUACCAUUUGUAAUCAUUCUUUUAAUUGAAUUAGUGAUAAUCUCUCAACAUACUUUAUAUACACACAUACAUACGUAUAUAGAUAAAAUCCGAAGAAAAUAUUUUUUUGAAGAAAUUUUUCGCAAACUAAAAAUGCAUACAAAAAAUUGCACACAAAUUUCAAAAACCCAAUAAACUACCCACCCACCAUUUUAAACUACCAUAAACCAUAGUAUGUAAAACUACAAUUGCAGAAAUAAUAGCUUUGGUGUAAUUUAAAAAAAAAAAAUCACAUUUAAAGAAUAUCAUAUGUAUUGUAUAGUAUAUUUUAUGUAAGCGCAGCAGAAAUUCAAAUUCAGAUUAAAUAAAAAAUAACUUAUAAUAAAUAUGUAUUGUAUGUAUGAGCUGAAUUUAGAUGAGAAGUCGCAGUUAUGUAAAAGAGAAGGUGUUUAAGUAAAUAACGGAUAAUGAAUCAGAUAUUCGCAAAAUGCAAGAGUAAAAUUCAAAGCAAAUUUAAAAAUUAUACAAAUGCAAAUUUAUUGUACUCUUUUUUUAUUAGUAUAGGAGGUACAAGAUAUGAAGAAGGUGAAAUGAAAACUUAAGUAGAUACAUACAUAAAUAUAUGUUCAAUGCGAUAAAAUAUUUUAGAAAGCUGUGUUUCGUAAAAAAAAUACACAACAUAUGUAUAAGUAAAGAAACUGCAACUGACUAAGUGACAAAACACGAGAUAAUUAAAAAGAAUUAACAUAUGAACUAACUGGUAGAGAGAGAGGGAGUUCCCAGACUAGGAAUACAAUUUGGCUGGUUUAUGUCUUUGCUGAUAAAUGUUAUUACUAAAAUUCUUAUUACAUACACUUAGAACAAACAUAAAUUAUAUACUUAUACAAUAUGAAAUAUUUAAUUAUAGACAAAGUGAAAGUUAAAUAUUAUUGAACAAAAGAUGCAUACAUUUAAUUAUUUAAUAAGAAUACCAUUGCCGUAAGCGUCGAAAGUUGAAGGAAAUUUA